AUGAGCCGGGACAGUGCGGGACCGGGGACCGGGGCGCGCAGCCGCCCCUCGCCCUGCCGGGGCCCGGCGCAGAAGGAUGAGCACAGGCGGCAGCUGGAGAGGCUGCAGGCUGAGCUGGAGGCUGAGCGACUCCGCUCCCAAGAGCUGUGCCGCCGCUUUGCCGCCGAAACUCGCAAGCUGAAGGAGGCCGCAGAGCGGGAUCGGCAGCUCCUGGCCGAACGGCUACACUCCAAAUGGGAGCAGCGGCAGGCACGGGAGCUCCAGCGGCUGCGGGAGCUGAACCAGCGGCAGCGGGAGGUGGAGAUCCGCCAGCUGCUGCGCACGGACCUGCAGCAGCAGCUGGCCAAGGAGUUGGUGAGAGGCGCCUCGAGCAGCAGCGAGGCCCGCAUUAAGCUGCAGGACGUCCUCAGCAAGCUGCGCUGGGAGACCAAUAGCGAGGAGGCUGCUCACAUCCUCCGCCUCCAAGAAGAACUGCUGCUGCAGAGAAGACUCUUCCUAAAGUACGUCUUGGAGCGGUUCGAUGGCGAGCAGCGGGCUUCCUGCAAUGAGGCCAGGGCCAAGGCCACGGCCUGGCACCGCCUGCAGACCCUCCUGGGCACCGGGGCCAUCGGGCCCUGCUCUUUGGAGAGCCUCAUCGCAUCUUCUUCCCGUGAUGGAGAAGGGCAGCGGAAAACCCACCGGAGCUUAAACGACACUCGCCUCCAGGAGGAAGGCAACAGCAUGGAGUCUUUGCCUGAGGCUGUGGGGCAAGACUUGACGCCGCACUGCUCGGACUCCCCGCCGCAAGGAACGACCCGCAGCAGGCGGUCUGUGGCAGAGGUGGGUGUUCAGACCGUAGGGCAGCAGGAGGACUGGCUGCCUGGAAGCAGUCACAGCAGGCUGCAGGAGCAGAACGCCUGCCUCCAGAGAGCCCUGAAGGACCUCGAGAGGCGAUGCAGUGUCCUUCAAGAGGAGAACUGUCUUCUGAGGAAGGCAAGCUCUCCUGAAGUGCGGGAGGAGCAGGAGAGGAUCAAGCAGAAGACUGCUAAGCUGUGUCUCAUUGCCAAGCAGCUGCAAGAAAGAGCCAGGCGGCUGGAGACCAGCCAUUGCCUGCUCAAUACUCAAGUGCCAUUAUUAAAUCUUUCCUUAACUAUCUCUCUGUGUACUCUCACUCCUUCUCCUGCGUGUAUGUGAACUGAAAGGACUAUGCGCCAGCUACUGGAGUCAAGCAGGGGGUGCAGGCACCCCUGGCUUG